AUGACGGGAUCGCUGUUUGACUGGAGAGAAUGUGAGAGGAGAUACGCGCUGAAGGUGUGGAGAUUCACGGUUACAGUCGGGGUGACGUCGAUGAUGUUUGCCGCGGUCCACGUGAACGGCAGCGACGGGAUAAGGACACCGGAACAACUGUCUUCCAACGCCGAGCGUAUCACGCUCCAUGAACAAUCACAUCGCGGAGAAAAUACCGCGCAGGGAUUUGCCUCAACUUCAAGGGACGCGGACAUCCAUAUAGGAAAGGACAAGGAGAGGUCCGAUGACGGUAGGGUGCACAGAAGUGCCCUGCUCACGGAAGACCCGAGGAGUAAGAGAAACUCGAACGAUAGAGAGACUACAGGACAGGAUAAAACUGCUAGUGACGACAGAAGGGGUGACAUGGCGACUCCAGGGAGUUCACGUGGUGUCAGUGAGGUUACCAAGCCUGAAGAAAGCCACAUGGAGGAACCGUAUUACUGCCCGUUCUUCAAUAACAGAGCACCUUCGGCACAGCCGAACCUCCGGAACUGCAGCUGGUACCAGGCGAGGAGCUGCUGCCUCCAGCGGGAGAUCGACAUCAUCUUCCUCGCCACCUACCCGCUCUCCGCCGCCUCGGACGAGUGUCUGAAGCAGCUCAGCUUCCUGUACUGUUACGUGUGCGACCCGGCACAGAAUACGUUUUACAGUUACGAGACCCUGACGGUGUGCGAGACGUUUUGCGACAGGAUCUUUGCGGCUUGCGGGUCCGCCAUGUGGAAGGGAUCGUCCAUGAAGUCCGUGUACUCCUCCGGAAGAGAUUUCUGUUUGAGAAGGAGCUUCAGGGUGGGGAGCGUUUCAGAAGGAAGCGUCAACACUACGGGCGCCCAUCGUGUGAACAUGUCGGACCGGAACCUAUGGGACUGGGGUCUGUUCGAAUACUUGUCUCUCUACAUCGACUUCGCUGGGAUGAUCGGCAUCAUCGCCAACCUGCUGAACGGCCUAGCCAUCAUGACCACCAGGAAGCUGCAGAACUCCUCCAACGCCUUCAUCCUGAACCUGAGCUUCCUGGACACGCUGAUCGCGUGCCUGGGCCUGGUGGUCAGGCUGCAGGUCUUCAUACCCAAGUGGGUUCCCGGGGACGCGUGCGAGGCUGUGGGAGCACUCACCUGCAUCGCUCUGGCCACGUCCGCCGUCAACCUGGCGGCUAUUGCCGUCAACAGGUACUACUUGGUCACCAGGGGACCACUCCAGUACAAGAAGGUAUUCUCCAAGCGUAAGACGUUUGUGUACAUCAUUCUCGUGUGGGUGAUCGGGGUCGUCUUCAACCUGCCUCCGAUCGUCGGCUUCGGGAAGUACGGGUAUAACGAGAAGACGCAGAUGUGCACGUUCGCGUACAAGGACAGGCGGAUGUACCUGCACAUGUUCCUCGGGACGAUGUUCGGUUCCGGCGGGGUGAUCCUCACCGUGGGCAUCUGUUACCUGAAGAUCUAUCUAGUGUUGCGGCGGCUGCGGAGGCUGAGGCCGGGCGCGAGGCUUCCCCGCCACGCCUGGACCGACAACAUCGCCGCCCGCCUGCACCAGAUCGAGCGGCAGGACGCCAAGCUCGUCACGUCGCUGUUCUUCGUGUGCUGCGGGUUCUGCGUGUGCUGGCUGCCGCUUCUGGCGACGAUCCUCGUCGACUACAACUUCGACACGCCGGCGGCAGCCUACCUCCCGGGCGUCAUGUUGUUGUUUUCUCACCCGGUUGUCAAUCCGCUUAUUUACAUUUGGGUCAACAAAACGUACCGCCAGGCGUACAAGAGAAUACUGUGCUGUGACUUUUCUCGCAAGAAAAGAUGUUGUCCCUGACUGUGAAGAACAUUGGACG